AUGCGCGGGCUGGUGGCGCUGCUGGCGGCGCUGAGCUGCGCGGCCCCGGCGGGGCGGGCGGCGGCUCCCGGGGGCGGCCUCAGCUCCAACGCCAUCAAGGGACCCCCCCCCGGGGGGGCCGAGGCCAGCGCCGCCCCCGCACCCCCCUUCGACGGCAGCAACAAGGCACCGCCGGCCGCCACUCGGCAGCCUUUCCCGUGCGCCGAGGACGAGGACUGCGGCCCCGAGGAGUUCUGCGGGGGGGCGGCCCGCGGCGGGGGAGCCCCGCUGUGCCUCUCCUGCCGGAGGCGCCGCAAGCGCUGCCUGCGCGAUGCCAUGUGCUGCCCCGGCAUGACCUGCAGCAACGGUCUCUGCACCCCCCCGGAGCCUCCCCAAGGAGCCGCCGAGCUGGAGGAGCCCGGCACUGAGGCUCUGCCCCGACGGACACCCGCUCCCGCCUGGAUCCCCACGGCCAAAGGCGAGGAGGGCGACCUGUGCCUGCGCUCGUCGGACUGCGCGGCCGGGCUGUGCUGCGCCCGCCACUUCUGGUCCAAGAUGUGCAAGCCGGUGCUGCGGGAGGGGCAGGUGUGUACCCGGCACCGGCGGAAAGGCUCCCACGGGCUGGAGAUCUUCCAGCGCUGCCACUGCGCCGAGGGCCUGGCGUGCCGCCUGCAGCGGGAGCUCGGCCCCGGGGACGCGUCCCGCCUGCACACCUGCCAGCGGCACUGA